AUGAGUGAUAGUACGUUGCACGCUCUCCACGUUCGUGAGGCCGACAGAAUCGAGAAACUUCGCAAAGAAAAGACAACUGCCUCGAAGAGAAUGCGCAUGGAACGGAUCUACUCAAAGCUCAAGGAGUACCAUGCCAAAGUGAAGGAAGAUAUCGCCAAAGGUAGGAACUACGAGAGUGGUCAACGGAUGAAGAAGAAUGGUGAUGGUCAUGGCGAAGAAGUGGCGAUCUGUAAAGUUUGUGGAAUGCGAGGGCACAAAACCAAACGUUCGAAACAGUGUAGAUAUUAUGGGAAAGACGUGCCAGCCACUCCCCUUGAUAGAGGCGAAACUACGAAUGAAAGCGAGUCCACCCUAAGCGAGGAACAUGUGUUAUCUGAAACGCUGGAUAUGAUUGAUGCGGUAUCGAUCGCCGACUCGGAGACUGACUAUGAGCGAACUGCACUGGCCAACUUGCUAGAAGAUUCGAACUAA